UAGAGUGCAAACUUUGCAGACAAACCAAGCAAAACAAAGAUUUAACUGUAACAGAUUUGACUGUAAGCCUGUUCUGUCUCUGGUUAUUCCCAGAUUUGGAUGAGUGUGCCAAAGGAAAUGACAUUGAAGACGGUCCUCGAUGCCAGCACUUCUGCCACAACUAUGUAGGGGGCUACUUCUGCUCCUGCCAACCUGGCUACCGUCUCCAGAGUGACCUGCACACCUGUCGAGUGGACUGCAGCAAUGAACUGUUCACAGAGCCUUCAGGGUAUCUGUCAAGCCCUGGAUAUCCUCAGUCCUAUCCAGCUGAGUUGCAGUGUAACUACAGUAUACGAGUGGAGAAAGGGAUGACCAUCACUCUCAAGUUCCUGGAGCCCUUUGAAAUUGAUGAUCACCCACAGGUCCGCUGCCCUUAUGACCAGCUCAAGAUCCAAGCUGGGCAGAAAACAAUUGGUGAGUUCUGUGGCACAGUGCCUCCAAGGAACAUCGAAACCAACAGCUCUUCAGUCGACAUUCUUUUCCUCACCGACGAGUCAGGAUUGAGCCGUGGGUGGAAGAUCUGGUACAGCACAGAAAGGAUUCGGUGCCCACAACCUGUGCCAAAUGACGAUUCCACCAUCAUCAAAGCCCCACAGCCUAUAUAUCGAUACCAAGACUACUUCAUUGUGACUUGUAAGACUGGCUAUAACCUGAUGGAGGUGAGACACACGUAUUUGCCAUCUGCUUUACUUUGUAUCUUUCUGAUGUCUAAGCUCCUUGCUUAUA